GUUUACAUUGUUAUUGUUGUGGAGAGUCAUUGUUUAUCGUCCAUAGUGAAAUGUAUCGUUUAGUCAUGUCGUGAAUAAAGUUUGUUUUUAUUUAUUGUACCGUGCGCGUUUCAUUAACCCUGUCGUGAUAUUGUCCCAGUGCAAGUCCAGGGUCCCGCGGUACAAAAGUGGCGACGAGUAAUCGCGAGUGUGUGUUGUUUUUCACCGUCGGAAAAACACACUGAACAUUUUGCCCCCCGCGCGUAAGAAAAGAAAGUGGAGUGAAAGUGCGAUGGCGAGCAACGACGACGGACAGAAUAGUGUUGACCCCACGGGUGUGAUAAACAAUCAACGGCAACAAAACCAGCCGAUUAUCCCCGUGCCGGCGGUCCACUAUCAGCAGCAGUUUAUUCCCGUCUCUGCCGCCCAGCAACAGCAGUACGCGCCCUUCCCGCCCCACCAACCGCAAGCACAGGUCGGUAGCGAUGUGUUCGUGCAAAUUUUGCAAAUGAUGCAGCAGCAGCACCGAGAGAUGAUGACCCAGCUGAUUCAACAGCAGCAGCAAAGUGAUGAGAAGCAUGAACGCUUUCUCCGUACGAUCGCAUCGUCAAUCAACGUGCAGGUACCACCGAAUCCGGAACAGAUUCUUGACUCUUUGGCCGGCAACAUCAAGGAAUUCCGGUUCGAGGCCGACUCCAACGUGACGUUUGCGGCUUGGUACUCGAGAUACGACGAUCUCUUCGAGAAGGAUGCUGCUAGAUUGGACGGUGAAACAAAAGUUCGUCUUCUUUUGCGAAAGCUGGGUGCAUCGGAGCACGAACGGUAUGUGAGUUACAUUCUGCCUAAACUUCCAAAAAAUUUUAGCUUCCUGGAAACAGUGGCCAAGCUCAAGAGCCUGUUCGGAGCAAAAGAAUCGGUGAUCAGCCGUCGCUACCGAUGCCUGCAGAUAGCGAAAAAUCCUGCAGAGGACCAUGUGGCAUUCGCUUGCCGCGUAAACAAGGCUUGCGUGGAGUUUGAGCUGGGUAAGCUCUCGGAGGAGCAAUUCAAGUGCUUGGUCUACGUGUGUGGUUUAAAAUCGGAGAACGACGUCGAGAUUCGCACCCGCCUCCUCACGAAAAUAGAAGAGAGAAAUGACGUGACGUUGGAGCAGCUUUCGGAGGAGUGUCAGCGACUGUACAACCUGAAGCACGACAGCGCCAUGAUCGAAUCUCCGUCCACGUAUGACCAAGUACAAGCGAUAAGAAAAUUUGGUGGGAAGCGGUACGAAAAGCGUGACCGUGAGUCACCGAAACAUCCUUCCAGUGACACCGACAGGAAACCAAAUUCGCCAUGUUGGUUUUGCGGUGGAUUCCACUACGUUCGGGACUGUAGAUACAAGAGCCACAAGUGUUCCGAAUGUGGCCAGUUCGGGCAUCGUGAGGGGUACUGUGCCAGUGCCAAACCCCGAAAAACUGGAAGGAGGCGCAGGAAGCAACCAGUGUCCGCCAAGGUGGUGGUCGUCGAUGUGUGCAGUGUGCAGCAACGACGCAGAUAUGUCUCCGUGGGCUUUUCCGGAACAAAAAUUCGCCUGCAACUCGACACCGCCUCAGACAUCACCGUCAUUAGCAGGGAGAUUUGGCGGAGCAUUGGCAGUCCUGCGUUAUCGUCAGCAACGGUGAAGGCGAAGACGGCAUCUGGCAGCAUACUAUCGCUCGAUGGGGAGUUCGAGUGCGACGUCACCAUCGGAAGCAGUACACGACGUGAGCUCAUCCGUGUAACCGAGAAGCAGCUGCAGUUACUCGGAUCCGAUUUGGUCGACAGUUUCAACCUUUGGGCCGUCCCUAUGGACACCUUCUGUUGCCACGUGUCUGGAACGCCAGUGUCGACAGGUGCACUCAAGUCGUCUUUUCCAGAGGUCUUCAGCGAGAAGCUCGGCUUGUGCACCAGAACAAAAGUGAAGUUGGAGUUGAAAGAAAACGUUCGACCCGUCUUCUGUCCGAAGCGUCCGGUAGCUUACGCUAUGUAUGAUACCGUUGAUCGCGAGCUCGACCGGCUAGAGAAAUUGGACAUCAUCACCCCGGUCGAUUAUUCGGAGUGGGCCGCUCCGAUCGUCGUAGUCCGCAAGUCCAAUGACUCCAUCAGGAUUUGCGGAGACUACUCAACGGGUCUGAAUGCAGCUCUCCAAUCACAGCAGUAUCCACUUCCACUUCCGGAUGACAUCUUCGCCAAGCUGGCUAAGUGUAAAAUCUUCAGCCAGAUAGAUUUGUCCGACGCCUUCUUACAGGUGGAAGUUGACCUCUACAACGGCCUGCCGCCGGGUUUGAAGAUCGCGCCUGGCGCAUUUCAGCAGCUCAUCGACACAAUGUUAGCCGGACUGAAGGGCACUUCUGGCUACCUCGAUGACGUCAUCGUCGGCGGAGAAACUGAAGAGGAGCACGACCUCAAUCUACGGGGUGUCCUGAAGCGAAUCCAAGAUUUCGGAUUCACGAUUCGUGUUGACAAGUGUUCGUUUCGCAAGCAGCAAAUCCGAUACUUGGGGCACAUCGUCGACAGUCGCGGGUUGCGACCAGAUCCGGCGAAAAUCGAGGCGAUCACCAAGCUGCCGCCUCCAGCCGAUGUAUCCGGUGUGCGAUCGUUUUUGGGAGCCAUCAACUACUACGGCAAGUUCGUCCCCAACAUGCGCAUGCUACGCUACCCGCUCGACAAUCUCCUCAAGGUGGAGACGAAGUUCAGCUGGAGUCCGGAGUGCCAGAAAGCGUUCGACCGGUUCAAGCAGAUUCUCUCGUCGGAUCUUCUCCUCACACACUACGAUCCGAAGCGGGAAAUCAUCGUUUCUGCUGACGCUUCAUCCGUUGGACUUGGGGCUACCAUUAGCCAUAGGUUCCCAGAUGGAACCAUCAAGGUGGUCCAACAUGCAUCCAGGGCGCUCAUGAAGGCAGAACAGGGCUACAGUCAGCCCGAUCGCGAAGGUCUGGCCAUCAUCUUCGCCGUCACGAAGUUCCACAAAAUGCUCUUCGGACGGCACUUCCGUUUGCAAACCGAUCAUCGCCCGCUGCUUCGUAUCUUCGGCUCUAAGAAGGGAAUUCCAGUGUACACUGCGAACCGCCUGCAACGCUUCGCCCUCAACUUGCUGCUCUACGACUUUGAGAUCGAGUACGUGUCCACUGAGAAGUUCGGCAACGCAGACCUGCUCUCCCGGUUGAUCGACCAGCACAUCAAGCCUGAAGAGGACUACGUCAUCGCGAGUCUCAAUCUGGAAGAGGAUAUUAGGUCAGUAGUAAUCAAUACGGUUAAAGUGUUGCCUCUCAAUUUCAGAGUCGUUGCGCAAAGCACCCAAGCAGAUCCGCUGCUCCGUCAAGUCCACCGCUACGUUCAGAACGGCUGGCCCCAGUCAACACUCGAUGGGUCAGAACUUCGCCGGUUCCAAUCAAGGCAGGAAUCGCUCUCUGUGGUGGAUGGGUGUAUUUUGUUUGCCGAACGACUCGUCAUUCCGUCGCUGCAUCGGAAACGGUGCCUCGAACAGCUGCACCGUGGCCAUCCGGGCAUGCAGCGAAUGAAAGCCAUCGCUAGGAGCUACGUGUACUGGCCUACGUUGGAUGCCGACAUCGUCAGCUUCGUCAAGGCAUGCCAGCAGUGUGCGUCUGUAGCUCGAUCACCUCCUCACUCUCCACCGGUGCCGUGGCCCAAAUCGACCGCUCCGUGGCAACGCGUCCACGUCGACUUCGCCGGUCCAAUCGAAGGCGACUACUACCUGCUCGCUAUCGAUUCGUUCUCUAAGUGGCCCGAGAUCAUCCGAACGACCCGCAUCACCUGUUACCAGUGCGCGGUAACAUAUGUAUUUACUGUGUAUGAAGUCGGCUCAUUAUUGUAUUCACCACUCGUAACGCUUGAAACAAACUAAUGUUUUUCGUGUGAAAUAGAAUUUCUGUUUUAUUUGUAGUAAAAAUACAAUCGAUACCUUAUACUAAAAUACAAUUGUAAACUCGAAAUAUCAUUUAUAUAAUGUAAAACUUCAACCAACCGCCACACAAGCCUGCCACCUGUCACCCAAGCUACCAUGCCAUAUUCACCACAGCCAAGGAUCCGGUUCCCGCCAUGCCUGGUCAAUAGGAAUGGGAGAGAUAAUAAAAGGACGUCGAAUGACGUGUAAGAGGAGGAUUCGGCCCUCGAGAGUCUAAGAGGCAACACGUAGUUGAACCACACGUUCUGUGGAAGUGAUUCGCCGGUGAUUAUAUCACGCAUCAACGGUGUAACUCGAGUGAGAAAGCAUCAACGGUGUAACUCGAGUGAGAAAGGAUCGAAAUUCCUGAGGAAAAAUCCCAGAAAACGUUCGUGCAAGUGAACGGAAAGCCGUGUGACAGUUUUCAAAGUGCCACGGCCUACCCCCAAGAAUUGGGGAGUUAUUUGAGAGAGCGUACACCUUGUUACGUCAUCACGCGCAGCAUUGCGUGACAGCAGAGAUUUUCCCGCCGGAAUACCGGCAGUUCAUGAAGAGGAGUCAUCCAGGACAUCGGGAACCGGCAACAGCAGCAGCAGCAGGAGACGUGGCGUGGUGGCUUGGAUGGAUCCGGAGACAAAGAAAAUGUAUGUGAACAAUAAAUGUUAAGGGCGAUUUGUUACCAGUGCGCGGUAACAUAUGUAUUUACUGUGUAUGAAGUCGGCUCAUUAUUGUAUUCACCACUCGUAACGCUUGAAACAAACUAAUGUUUUUCGUGUGAAAUAGAAUUUCUGUUUUAUUUGUAGUAAAAAUACAAUCGAUACCUUAUACUAAAAUACAAUUGUAAACUCGAAAUAUCAUUUAUAUAAUGUAAAACUUCAACCAACCGCCACACAAGCCUGCCACCUGUCACCCAAGCUACCAUGCCAUAUUCACCACAGCCAAGGAUCCGGUUCCCGCCAUGCCUGGUCAAUAGGAAUGGGAGAGAUAAUAAAAGGACGUCGAAUGACGUGUAAGAGGAGGAUUCGGCCCUCGAGAGUCUAAGAGGCAACACGUAGUUGAACCACACGUUCUGUGGAAGUGAUUCGCCGGUGAUUAUAUCACGCAUCAACGGUGUAACUCGAGUGAGAAAGCAUCAACGGUGUAACUCGAGUGAGAAAGGAUCGAAAUUCCUGAGGAAAAAUCCCAGAAAACGUUCGUGUAAGUGAACGGAAAGCCGUGUGACAGUUUUCAAAGUGCCACGGCCUACCCCCAAGAAUUGGGGAGUUAUUUGAGAGAGCGUACACCUUGUUACGUCAUCACGCGCAGCAUUGCGUGACAGCAGAGAUUUUCCCGCCGGAAUACCGGCAGUUCAUGAAGAGGAGUCAUCCAGGACAUCGGGAACCGGCAACAGCAGCAGCAGCAGGAGACGUGGCGUGGUGGCUUGGAUGGAUCCGGAGACAAAGAAAAUGUAUGUGAACAAUAAAUGUUAAGGUUAGUUUAGUCUAAAAACUAGUUGUCGUGAUUUAGAACGCCUCACAUCCGAAACGACCCUGAAUCUAUGAGCUAGAUCUCAUUGUAAUCAAUGGACAAAAAAAGUUCAGUAACACACCUCUGCUGCGACCAUCAGCAUCUUGCGUGGGUUGUUCGCGCGGCUGGGUAUGCCCGUAACCUUGGUCAGUGACAACGGUACCCAGUUUACCAGCGCCGAAUUCGCCGAUUUCUGCGCUUCCAAUGGCAUCGAGCACCUUACGACAGCACCGUUUCAUCCACAAUCAAAUGGCCAGGCGGAACGAUUUGUGGAUACCUUCAAGCGAGCCGUCAAGAAAAUUCGAGAGGGGAGAGGAUCCAUUGAAGAAGCACUGGAUGUCUUCUUGCUGACGUACCGAAGCACGCCCAGUCGUGCUCUGCCGGAUCAGAAGUCGCCAUCUGAGAUCAUGUUUGGUCGCAAAAUCCGAACGUGUCUCGAGCUUCUGCGUCCACCACCGGUACGUGUCCCAGUACCAACCGACGAUGACCGCAAGCAACCGAGGUCCUUCAACCGAAACGAGACCGUGUACGCCAAACUAUAUGGUCGUACCGGUUGGAAGUGGGCUCCUGGUGUCGUCGUCGAGAAGAUCGGAGACGUUAUGUACAACGUGUGGGUCGAAGAUCGCCGAAUGCUACGCUCGCAUAUCAACCAACUUCGGAGUCGCCUUGCUGCUGGCGCGAUACCGAAGCAACCCACUGUACAUGCCACCUUAAACCAACAUUCGCUGCCGCUGGACAUUUUGCUGGAUGCCUGGGAUCUCCCAAGCCAAUCACCAGGUCCAUCUUCACCAGAGCCUGUCUCCAGUGCUGAGAGAACCAUGGUAGAUUCCGGGCCGACUCUUGCAACGUCUACGCCACGUCAUGAGGUCUCGGCGUUCGUCCCGUCAUCAGCAUCGUCAUCAUCAACAACAACAACGCCAACAUCGACAGAGUUCGAGUCCGCUGUCGAAGUAGAACUAGCUGUAGACAUCCCUAGGCGCUCUUCACGACUACGAAGACCGCCAGUAAGGUUUGAUCCGUACCACCUCUAUUAAGAGGGGAGAUGUUGUGGACAACCCUAUUUUGCCGCGCUCGGAUACGUUAUUCAUCCGACGCAGCUCAGACCGCAGGGCUCGCGUGCGACAGCAUGACUGUCACUGAGCGAUGCUGGAGAUGCGCAUAUAUGUGUUUUUAAU